UCUUGACCUCUUUCAUCUCAAAUCUGACCCAAAACCUCAUCAAUUUGCGCGCGGAAACACAAAGAUAAUACGCGAAACCACACAUCGAGUUACACAUAAUGGCGGGUCUCAGGAUAGGCUGGGGCAGCGUCUUGCUGGUCCUAGCUCUGGUCCUGGUUGUUCUCCCAGACAAGGCUGCAGCCUUCGGUGCUGGCAACAUUCCUUCCAUCGCCCAGGUCGAGGGCCACAACUGGAGACAUGGCGAUAUCGAAGACGUUCUCAAGACCCUGGCCUUCAUCAACGGCAAAAAGUGGACCACUAUGAUGGUCGGGCGCACCUACUUUGGCAACUGGCUCCGAGACUACUCCCAGGCUAUCGAUGUCGGCAGCUUGAAGGGAGUUAAUGCGGCUACCAUCCGCAUCAUUGUUUGGGUUCUUUCUUUCCUGGCUCAUGGAUACGCUACCGAAGAGUUCGAGGUAACCGAGGAGCGCCUGGGCGUUUACAGACCCGAGGAACAUAUCGACAACCCUCUUGGCUACGCUGACGGAAAGGAUGCCCGCGAGUAUGACCCAAGACUACGAGGACCAGUACACCCCGCAGAACUCGAGAUCGAUCCAAAUACCGGUAUGAAGAAUUAUAUCGCCAACGAAGAACUGGCCCAUCGUCAAGGCUGGAACACCACAAGUGCCGGCUAUAUCCGUUUCAGCUUGCAGCGUUGCAUCCAUUACGGUCGUCUGUAUACCAGUGGCUCUCAUGGCAGAGGCAAGGAGUCUGACUUGUGCGAGGCCUUGAGGUGCUUGGGACAGGCCCUUCAUACCCUGGAGGACUUUCCUGCCCACAGUAACUACUGCGAAUUGGUCCUAAUCGAUAUGGAAGAAAGGCGGGGCGGGCAUAGUCCAGUCUUUCCCCACGUUGGCACUGCGACUAAACUCAAACUCGAGAAUAGACAGUUCAGGCGCGUAAGGCCUGGAGAAGGAUACGAUUCUGGGGCGAAGUACGCUUGGCCCCUGGUCACGGGCACUUUUGGAGGAGUCGACUUCUUGCACUCCGUGUUGGGUGAGGCCAAUGAUCACUUCACCCAGUCCGAGGUUGACGAAAUGAACGAUGCCCUCCUGACCGCUGAACAACUGACCAAGGGAGCCGGUGGCGGUUCUUCGCGCGAUCGCGGUCUCAGCCUCUUUGGCUUGAACUUGGGCGGUUCCUCUAGCAACGAUGGAGACUUUAUCUCUCUCGUUUCCAAGCUUCCGGGUGUCGGUGACGGCUAUGCCAGCACAGCCCGUAGCCUGAAGGCUGCCUCUGAAGCCCAAGAACAGGAGAACAGCAGAUCUGCUGGCAACGUCAACGUUGUUCCUGGCAUGAGCCCCAACUUUGACCCCGUCAAGACUGCCGCCAAGAUCUACCCAAUCCUCGAGUUUCGUGACAAGAUUGUCAGGUCCAUCAACAACAUGAUCGAAAAGAUUCCCGGUCUGGAGAGUCUGCUGGAGAAGAUCAGCGAGACUUUGACGGCUUUCAUCCUUGGCUUGCUGGCUCCUUUCCUGCGCCCCAUUAUCAACCAGGUCACUCAAGUGUUGAAGGAGGGCUCGUCUGGUCUCAUCGCGACCAGCGCAAAGCAGCAGCUUGAGCCGUGGAACAACCCUGAUUGCGACAACCCCACCCACUCUAUGCUUUCCAAGGACCACUUUACCAACAUCUUAAACUCGUGCGCCGGUCGCGUCGCCGCCAACAUUGUUCAAUACGUCGUUCCCCGGGUUGUUUACGCUUGGGAAAAUCCCGGUGUGCCCGACAGCGAGGUCAUCGCCGACGUCCUCCAGGUCUUCCACCAUCCUGCCAACUACAAGCAAGAGAUCGAAAUUCAGCGCACGAUGUACGACACCGUUGUGCAGUGGUCUCGGGAGACUCAUCAUAACUACAAGAAGCUUCUCGAUUCCGAGUCCGUCAAGGAAGGCCACAACCAUGUCCUGAACGGUCAACCUAUGAACCGCGGCCCCGGUGGUGGCCACACCUCAUGCGGCGCUGAUGGUGGCCACGGUAAGGUUGCGGGCUCCCUCUGGAGCAAGAUCCAAUCCCGCGAUCUGGACACUUCUGCCCCUAGCGGCGGCGUAGGUGGUGGUAGGCCCUCCUCCUCCACCGACCACAAGUAUGGCUACUCCGCCUCCUCUUCUCACCACGAGGUUCCCACGCACGGCGAGGCAGCUUCGUACUUCUCCUCCGCCGACCCACGCCAUGCCUCUCCGCCAACAGAUCGCUACUACGGCAGCCGCCCCUCUUCCUCCGGGUACGGAUCCUCCGUUCAUGGUUCCGGCCGCCCCUCACCCGCCCCUGCGUCCUUUGGGUACCACCACGGCGGCCAUCAAGCUUAUGAGUGCAGCAGCAGCAGCUAUCCUUCGCAGCCGUCAUAUGCUGGCUCUUCCGGCCCAUCAUAUGGCGGCUCUUCUGGACCAUCGUACGGCGGGUAUUCUCAACCCAGCUAUGGUUCCCAACCUUCUUACUCAUCUCAACCCUCCUACGGCGCGCACCCCUCCCAGCCACCCUACGGCUCUCAGCCCCACUACGGCGGCCCCUCUCAUGGCUCCUACAGCGGUGGGCGUCCCCCCUCUCCUCCUCGUCCCUCCGGUUACGGUGGCGGAUACGCUGGUUACUCCGCCGGCCCCCCUCCUAGCCACGGUGGCUACGGUGGCUACGGCGGAGGUCCCUCUGGUGGUGCUCCCUAUCCCCAUGGCGGUCCAGUAGGCGGUGGUGGCUCGGCGCCUUAUCCCCAUGGUGGAAGGGCUGAUGCCUACGAAAGGAAUUAUGAUCAGCAUUAUGAGAGUGAUGAGAGACGUGGUGGUAGGGAUGGCAGGAGGAGGAGAGGAAGCCAUGGAAGCAGGAGUAGCAGCGAGGAGCGAGACGGAAGAGGUUACCCUGGGCAAGGGUCUAGGGGAAGUGGUCAUCAUGGCGGUGGAGGAGGGUAUGGAGGAGGAUAUGGUGGUGGAUAUGGAGGUGGUGGCGGAUACGGCGGCGGGUAUGGCGGUAGAGACGAACAUCGGAGGUAUUGAGCUUGAUGAAGUAAUGAUUUGAAAGCGGAGAUGGGUGCCGGGAUGAUUUUGGACGAUGAACGAAUGGUUAUGAGGUUCU